AUGCUCCGACUUGUCUGCCUAUCAGCCCUACUCGUAUCAGUCGCCGCUCAAAGAGCGCCAGUCAAAGAGCCCUACUGUAGACCAAACCAGGUCGUAAACAAAGUUACAGUAUUCGAUGAUGGAGCAAUUGAAGCUGAAUGUGGACCAGCACCAUGUGGUGAGACUGGUGCCCAAUGCUCGGAUGAUCUACCUGGAUGUAAAAGUGAGAACGAUAACAUCUUCAGCGGUAUGAGAUGGAGCAAGAAUGGACAGAGGUAGGGGCUUUGUUUACAAAAUAAAAAAUGACAAGAACUUUCUUUACAAGACAAACAAUGGCAAGAACUUUCUUCACAAAACGAAAAAUGGCAAAAACUUUCUUUACAAAAUUUUAAAAUUCCAGCAUCCUCCUCCGCUGCUGUUCCAUCAACGUGCCGAACCGCAUCUACGUUGGAACCGAUUUGGUCGGAACCGGAUCCUACUACACCGGAGGACUGGUUAGCAAAAGCGAAAUGUCAAACCAUGCCGGUCCCGAGUACGACUACGUCUCCAACAUUCGUGCUGAACAAGGAGGAGUACGUAUCUGGGUGUACCGAAUCAUCUGCCCUAAGGAAGAGACCAAACGACCAGAGAUCCCAACCCAAAUGACGGCCGAAGAACGACGACAAAACGUGCUACACCAACUUCAACAGACCGAGGUCGGAGCUUCGGUAGACGAACAAGGAGAGGCGGAACCAGCCAACCCAUUGCAAUACAGACCACAGGCUCGCAUGGCUAGACAGAGGGACAGCCCUAUGAGUGCUUCUAGACGCGUUUUGUAG